GAUGAACUGAGGCGCCAAGCAGAGCAAAUUCGAGAAAAUACAGUCGCCCCGAGCUCUCGGGCUGCCUACGUCAACUCCUACUGUCGCUUCAUCUCGUGGCUUCUUCUGAGCCAUCAAAACCUCAUUCCGGACGCAUUUGCAGGCCGUAUCGGCGACGUGACGGGACUCUCCGAGAAGCAAUUGCGGCGGCGUAUUAAACCCCUGAUCACCAGAAGAAACGACGACCAUCCCAUACUAUUUGAUAAUUUGGACGCAGAAGCUUUUGAAACGUGGCUUCUCACG